AUGCUGCAAGCUCCGACCGAAUCCGCCGCACCGUAUUCAUCUGCGCGCAACCUCAGCGGUUCCGAGUUACUGAAUCACGCGCAUGCAUCGAGUGGCCACUCCACACUGUGUCCAGCCACGCACAUCCCACUGUGUCCGGUGUCUAUUCCCUCGCAGUAUCACGGCUUUUCCCUAUCCAUUCCCGCCCGGCUCGAUCUCGGCGCAUCAAACCAACAUGUUGGGCCUGUCGCUGGCUCCCAGCCCUUGUUAAUCCCGCCGUCCGAUUCGACCUCUGUCUCGUCCACACCCGGUUCCACUCCCUUAGACAGCAUGUUGGUGAAUUCGCAACACUCAGACACCCCGUCCAGAUUUCCACAGGACACUUUCUCCCUUCCUGCUGCUCUGCUCGGAGAUGAUGAAAUACCUCACUCCCCUUGUACCGUGCUGGCUGAUCGUGUGGAAAUCGAACUUCCCAAUCCUGCCUCUCUAGACACGUUCGACAAUUCCUUGUGCCACUCCCUUCCUCUUCCCGCACACUAUUCCGCCCGGCGCCGUCGCGAAAUCCCACGUCCUGGUGUUCUGAAGGGUUAUGAUGAGAAGCACAAGCGCUUGGACAAUUCUCUUCUAAUUGUCUCGUUUUCCAUGCGUCAGUUACUCGGUGACACGUGUUUUCGACCCCCAGCAGAGAACCUGAGCAAUUGUCUGCUUCAUCCUCCUGAUUCUGACGAACCGGACACUUCGAAUUUUACGGACCACAAUGUCCCUAUGAUCAAGCCCCCUCUUCCAAUGGUCGAUUCCACUACAUGUAGUUCUCUUCUGCUGCCGCGAAUGGCUACGCAUCCACGUUCGCCGUCGAUUGAUCGGAUCAUUGAGUCAAUUCACUCGGCAUCGACCGAUGCAUACGCUCAUCCAUCCUCUCGGCCGAGUUCGGCUGUGUCCUUGGGUUUGAACGCCUGCUCACCCACACCCGCCGUCAAUACUCUUGGCAAUUCAACAUUUCUACAUCCGGAUACCGACCGAAUACAGUCGCUAUUAAAACCGAAGCAAAGCGGUGUUUUAACUCCGAACCAUCCUUUGACCAAUGCGCCAGUGAAUUUUUCACCUGCGAACUAUCUUGCUUCCUGUCGUUAUACUCAACUUCUCUUCAACUCUAAUUUCUCUGAUGCCCGCCUUCACUGA